AUGGAUGAUGUGGGUAAAACUACUCUUGCUCGACAUGUCUACACAGACGACAGGAUAUCUAGUUAUUUCAAAAUUAAGAUUUGGGUUUUUUCCGGGAAUAAUUUUGACUCGAACCAAAUUUUGAAAGAGAUUGCACUAUCCCAUAAUAACGAUCACGAUGUCGGCUUUCUCUCCUUGGACCUACUACAAACCCGAGUUGUAGAUAUCUUGGCUCGUAAGAAAUUUUUAUUAGUUCUAGAUGAUAUCUGGAUUAAUGAUGAUCCAGAAUGGCAAGAGCUGGAAAACGUCUUAAAUGGAGGGGACAAAGGAAGUAGAGUUCUGGUAACUAGCCGACUCUCAACUGUUUCUAAGGUCAUGGGUGCAAAAGCCCCCUAUGAUCUACCAUGUUUUGAUGAUGAUGAAUCUUGUUCAUUGUUUGAAAAGGUUGUAUUUCAAGAAGGUAGUUCGACGGCCGAUGCACAUGAAGAAUUAGAAGCAUAUGGUAAAGAAAUUGUAAGAAAGUGCAAAGGUUUACAUUUGCCUGCCAAACAUAUAAGAGGUCUUCUACGUGGAAAUGUUGAUGUUCAAGAAUGGAGCAAGAUCGUGAAGGAACUAGAUGAAGAAUCAAACUCCAAAUCUAAAAGCAACACUAUUCUGCCUAUUCUCAUAUUGUCUUAUGAUCGUCUAUCUUACAAUUUGAAGCAGUGCUUCAAAUAUUGUCCCCUAUUUCCCAAGGCUUAUGUAUUUGAUAAGAAUGACUUGAUCAAAUUAUGGAUGGCGGAAGACUUCAUUGACCAUAAUGACAUCUACAAAACAAAGGGAAUAGUAAGCAGAGACUUUGAUGAUUUGCUAAACAGGUUCUUCUCUGAAUGCUCAAGUGAAGACAAGACAAAAUUUAGGAUGCAUGAUCUAUGA